AUGGGUUCUAUAAAGGGUUCUUCUGUACGCGAGUUUCCCCGCAUCAAGGAAAUUCGCACAUUCAUCAUCGACGGAGUUGGCUCCGGGGGUGACUAUCACAAUGUCAAAGGCGGCCACUGGCUUAUCGACAGCAACAUCUCGACCCCAAUGACCAAAUGGGCCGAAUACCGUGGAUCACGCACUUCCUGGGGUAUCAACGUUCUAGGGUCAUUCUGCGUGGAGAUUGAGGCAACGGAUGGCACAAAGGGGUUUGCGACUGGAUUCGGUGGCCCUCCUGCAUGUUGGCUGGUCCAUCAGCACUUUGAACGCUUCCUGAUCGGCGCCGACCCUCGAGACACCAAUAAUCUUUUCGAAAAGAUGUACCGGGCUUCGAUGUUCUAUGGUCGGAAAGGCCUCCCAGUGGCGGUGAUUUCGGUAAUCGAUCUGGCGCUCUGGGAUCUUCAGGGUAAAAUUCGCAAUGAGCCUGUCUACAAAAUGAUUGGCGGUGCCACACGGGAGCGUCUACACUUUUACUGCACUGGGCCUCAGCCUGGAGCAGCUAAAGCUGCAGGGUUCAUUGGAGCCAAGGUGGCGCUGCCUCAUGGUCCCGACGAGGGAACGGAAGGUCUGCUGAAGAAUGUGGAAUACUUGCGCAUGCAGCGAGAGAGCGUGGGACCUGAUUUCCCUCUUCGAGUCGACUGCUACAUGUCCCUGACUGUGCCCUAUACUAUUCAACUUGUCAAGCGCUGCGAAGCGCUGGGCUUGGACAUUGACUGGUGGGAGGAGUGUCUGUCUCCCGAUGACUUUGACGGCCACGCUCUCCUCAAGCGGGCACACCCUACGGUGAAAUUCACCACUGGCGAGCACGAGUACUCUCGCUACGGCUUCCGCAAGCUUGUCGAAGGACGGAACCUGGACAUCAUCCAGCCUGAUGUCAUGUGGGUCGGCGGCAUGACGGAACUGCUGAAGGUCUCAGCGCUCGCCGCUGCUUACGAUAUCCCCGUCGUCCCUCACGCUUCCGGGCCAUACUCAUAUCACUAUGUGGUGUCUCAGUCCAACUGCCCCUUCCAAGAAUACUUGGCCAACUCGGCCGAUGGAAAGACCGUGGAGCCCGUCUUUGGUAACUUGUUUGUCAACGAACCCAUUCCCGUGAAUGGAUACCUUGAUGUCUCCGUACUGGACAAGCCCGGAUUCGGCCUGGAGCUCAAUCCCGCUGCGCCUCUGAUUCCAGCAUCGGCAAUUCUUACCCCUGCGCCUCAGAAGAGCUUACGCGCCCCGGAGGACCAGAUUUCAAGUGGUACAUCUGAAGGGCAUUAA